UCCCUGCACCGCAGGGGAGCCCCUCCUCCUCCUUACUCUCCCGGUGGCCCGAAGACAUCCUCGGACCCGGCCCGGGUUAGUGAGCGUGGGAGCGUCCGUGCAAGCCUGUGCGCGCCUCUCUGCCUGGGAUUGCGUGUGCAUGGGUGUGUUCGUGCGUGUGCAAGAGAGGCUGGGUCUGGGGGCACCGGGCCAGCCUCCUGCCUGGGAAGAAAAGGGAAAGACAUCUCCUCCUCUGGCAUCCUUGUUCCUUCCCAGCUCAGCCUGCAGAGGACCAGGGUCUGGCCUGGUCAGGCAGCCCAGAGACAGUGGGAAUGGCCCCUGGGAUCCAGCAACCCCCAGCCCAGGAGUUGGUGACAUUCCAGGAUGUGGCUGUGGACUUCACCCUGGAGGAGUGGGGCCUCUUGGACCAUUCUCAGAAAGAACUGUACAAGGAGGUCAUGCUGGAGACCUCCCAGAACCUGCUGUCCCUGGGGCUUCCAGUUCUUAGAGAAGACUUGACCUUCCCUUUUCAGCCAGGGAUGGCGGAGCCAAAAGGCCCAAGGAGCUCCUGUCCAGAUGUAGAGACCAGGUUUGAAGUGAAUGAGAUGUCUUCAAAGCUGAGAAAUUUUGUGGAAGAAUCUCGUCAGCAAAGAUUCAUGAAUGAUGGUCCCUGUGACUUCAAUUUGGGAGAACUCUGUGGUUCUAAUAUCAUAGAAGAUAAAAAUCCAAAGAGUGACUGUGAAUUUGGUGGAAAGAGAUUCAGAGAGUCUUCAGCCCUAAAUCACUACAAGAAAAUGACCUCAGGGAAUGACUGUUUUCAGGAUAGUGAAUCUAGCAAAUGUCUUACUGAACAAGGAGAGCUUUCUCUGUCCCAAGAGGAGCCUCCUGAAAUGCUAAGGUUUCAAGCCAAUCAACAGGAAAUGGCCAUGAGCUGGAGUUCAGACCUCAUCAGACAUCAAAAAAGUGUUGCUGGAGAAAUGCCUUAUGUAAGUAAGGAAAGUGGGAAGGCCUUCAAGCAGAACUCUAAGCUCAUUGAUCAUCAGAAAAUUUACAUUACAAAGAUGCCUUCUGAAAAUAGUAAGUGUGAAGCAACCUUAUCCCAUCACUCAUCUCUUCCUUAUGAUUCUAGAUUUCCUACUGAACUGAAAACGUAUGCAUGUUGGAACUCAGAUCUUAUAUCCCAGAAGAUUCAUAGUGGAGAGAAGUUGCAUAAAUGUAAUGAAUAUGGGAAGGGUUUCUGCGACAGAUCUCUCCUUCCUGGCCAUCAGAAAACAUGCACUGGAGAGAAACCUUCUGAAUGUAAUGAAUGUGCAAAGGCUCCUGAUUCAGCUGUACAUCAGAGAAUCCACAGUGGAGAGAAAACUCAUAAAUGUAAUCAUUGUGGAAAGGCUUUCAGAUAUAGCUCUAGUCUUGUUUUACAUGAGAUAAUCCAUAAUGGAGAGAAACCUUUUGAAUGUAAGCAGUGUGGAAAGACUUUCAAGGAGAGGGCCAGUCUUGCUAAACAUCAGAAAAUUCACACUGGAGAGGAACCUUUUAAGUGUAAUCAAUGUGGAAAUGCUUUCUCACAUAAGGGCCAUCUUACUUUACAUCAGAGAAUCCACAUUGGAGAGAAACCUUAUGAACGUGAUCAACUUGAAAAAUUCCUUGCACCAAGGGCCCAUACUUCUUUACAUAAAAGGAUACACACUGGAGAGAAACUUUAUGAAUGUAAACAAUGUGGAAAGGCUUUUAGAUGCCGCUCCCGUCUUACUGAUCAUGAGAAAACCCACACUGGAGAGAAACCUUAUGAAUGUAAUCAGUGUGGAAAGGCUUUCACGCAGAGCUCCAAUCUUGCUGUACAUCAGAGAAUCCACACUGGAGAGAAGCCUUUUGAAUGUAAACAAUGUGGAAAGGCUUUCAGAUACAGUUCCAGUCUUGCUAAACAUCAGGGAAUCCACACUGGAGAGAAACCUCAUGAAUGUCAUCAAUGUGGAAAGGCUUUCAGAAUCAGCUCCAGUCUUGCUACCCAUCAGAGAAUCCACACUGGAGAGAAACCUUAUGCAUGUAAUCAUUGUGGAAAGGCUUUCAGAAUCGGUUCUAGUCUUGCUAAGCAUCAGAGAAUCCACACUGGAGAGAAAGUUUAUGAAUGUAAUAAGUGUGGAAAGGCUUUCACACAAAACUCACAUCUUGCUGCACAUCAGAGAAUUCACACCGGAGAGAAACCUUUUCAAUGUAAUCAGUGUGGAAAGACUUUCAGAUGCAACUCCAGUCUUACUGAUCAUCAAAAAAUACAUAAUAGGGACAAACUUUAUGAAUGUAAUCAGUGUGGGAAGCCUUUCACAAAGAGUUCCAGUCUUGCUGUACAUCAGCGAAUCCACACUGGAGAAAAGCCUUAUGAAUGUAAUCAGUGUGGAAAGGCUUUCACACAGAGGAACCAUCUUUCAGUACAUCAGAGAAUCCACACUGGAGAGAAACCUUAUGAAUGUAAUCAGUGUGGAAAGGCAUUCAGAAUCAGCUGCAGUCUUGCUAAACAUCAGAGAAUCCAUACUGGGGAGAAACCUUAUGAAUGUGACCAAUGUGGAAAGGCUUUCACACAGAGGGCCAAUUUUGCUAAACAUCAGAGAAUUCACACUGGAGAGAAACCUUAUGAAUGUAAUCAAUGUGGAAAGGCUUUCACAAAGAGCUCCAGUCUUGCUAUACAUAAAAUAAUUCACACUGGAGAGAAACCCUAUCGAUGCGUUCUGUGUGGAAAGGCUUUUGCCAAGAACUCCAGUCUUGCUGCACAUCAAAGAAUCCACUCUGGUCAGAAACCUUAGGAUUAUAAUUAAUAUGGUAAUAAUCAUCUCUAAUUUGCCAUUUGAGAAUUAAUAUUGGAUAGAAAUAUCACUGUCAUGAAUGAGGAAUGACAUUCAAAUGGAUUCAAAGCUUGUUCAAUUUUAGAAAAUUCAUUCUGAUGAGCAGCUACAUAUGAAUUCCAUGUGGGAAGGCUUUUAUCCUGAGAACGUCUCUAAUUUUAUAUCCUAGGAGUCAUUGUGGAGAGAAGCCUUAUGAAUGUGCUCAAGGGGGAUGUGUUUUUCUCUGCAGGAGGGUGAUCAGUAGACAAUAUUCAUAAUGGAAUGACAUUGUAUAAAAGCAGUGGUUUUGGGAAGGGCUUCACCUAGAGCUCAUACUUGACUAUACGUUGGGGAAAGCAUGCUAGACAUAAAACUCAUGGAUCUAAUUAACAAGGAAAGCCUCUUGCUGAAGAACAAACUUAAUUAGACUUCUCAACACAAGAGACCUCAUCAAAUAUAACAGAUUUCAUACUGUACAUAGAACCCUAAAAACAUAAUGCAUUUUUCUCUGAAAUCCUAAUAUUUGUCAUUACUCCUCAAUAUUUCCUGGCCUUCAUAUACUGUGAUUUCUUUAGCCAUUACCCAGUUACUCACUUUGUUUCCUAUUGUUUGCUGGCAUGAAAAGUCCUUGUAUUAAUAUUUUGGUAACUGUUGGACAUUUCUUUUUGGCAUGCUUUCUUUCAGCAACUAGGUGGCCCAGUGGAUGAAGUGCUGUGCUUUGAUCCACAAGACCUGCAUUCCAUCUUGGUCUCUGACACUUACUAGUGGUAUGUCCUUGGGCAGGUCACGUAACCUUUUCCUGCCUGAGUUUCCCCAUCUGUAGAAUAGAGAUAAUAAGAGCAUCUACCUCGCAGGGUUUAUUAAGGAUUAAAUGAGUGAAUAUUUCUAAAGGUUUUACAAGCAUUAAAUCACUUUGAAAUACUGUUUUUAUGAUGAUCAUUUCCUAGAUCCUAAGACUCAUAGUAAAGUCUGUAGGCUAAAACAUGUGGACAGUUUGGUCACUUUUAAUUCAGAUAGCCAUUGAGAACGGAGUAGAAGAAGACAUUCAUUGUAAUGGAUAGAGCAUUUGGUUUAGAACUUGGGAAGAUGGGUUCAAAUCCUGACUCAGAUGCUCCCUAGCUCUGUGGCAAAGAACCACCUCUUCGUACCUCAUUUUACUUAUCUCUAAAAUGAAGAGGUUGGAUUCAGUGGCUUCUUUGGUCCCUUGAAACUCUAAAUGUGUCUUCUCAUAAAACUACAUUCAUAUGUGUCUUUCCCACAACCUCUUCCAACACUCCAGGAAGGAGAUCUUGCAGGACCAAAUCUGAAACUCCCAGAAAGCAAUAGUCAUCAGAAAUAAAUGGUCCUACUUAAAAAGGAAGAUCCUGAGAAACCGAAGAGAUCGGGUGUGUAAUAGACAAAAAGAAAAUGAGUAUAGUUGCCUUGUGUUCAGUCGAAUCAAAGGCCUCCGCGAUGGGAAGGGGCUGGCACUUGCCAACUACUAUGCAACACUAGAGGCACUGGAAAAUCAUUUGGCGGAGAAGAAAUAUGGACCAACAUCUUCCCCCAGACCCCGUCUCAGACCCAACUUAGGUAGAAAAAAAUCCCUUCAAACAAAUGAGAGGAACCUUGAGGGAGAUACAGUUAUGGAUAGUAGAAGAGUUCAUCUUCAAACAAGGGACAGAGAGGAUCCCAGAAAAUAAAACGGGCUGUUUUCAUCACAUAAAAUAUGCAUAAAAAUGUACAAACAAGCAUUUGGAUUUGUAGCAAGUUUCCCUUAUAAAGGCCUCCUAUCCAAGGUAUUGAUUAUAUACAGGCAUAUAAAGAACAGAUAUAAUAAACAUUGGUUGGUUGGUGGUUGGUCUUUGUUCUGGAAGAGGAUCAAAGUGACAUCACCAUGUUGGAGGCAAAUUACAUUGUGUUCCGUGGUGGCUGAUCUACCACAGGUCAGGCACAGAUAUUUAGGGUGGAGAUGUUUCUAAAUUUGUGCAUCUCACGUUUCUUUUGAGCUACUGCACCUCUGCUUUGCUCAUAGAACACAGUGCCUUCUUGAUGUGGGCACACCAUGGUGGGUGGUCCUGUGCCAGCACCUACCAUGUCAUGCAAUUGAUUUCAUAGUUCUUCAUAAGAAACAUAUGGUGAAAAGCUAUGAACAGACAUUUUUCAAAGGAGGAAAUGCAAAUUAUCAACCAGUGUAUGGAAAAAACAUUCUCAAUUUAUAAUCCCUAAUCCAAAUCACUCAUAAUUAGAAAGAUUUAGGGGCAGCCAGGUAGCUGAGUGGAUAGAGCACUGUCCCUAGAGUUAGGAGGUCCUGAGUUCAAAUCUGGCCUCAGACACUAGCUGCGUGCCUUUGUGCAAACCACUUAACCCCAAUUGCCUCAAAAAAAAAGAAAGAAAGAAAAGAAGGAUUUUCAGAUUGUUAAAGGUGAUUAGAAAAUGAGCACCACACACAAGUAUUAGAGGGAAUUUGUUUUCCUCAAUUGUGUAUUUGUUUACAAGAGGUUUGUCAUUUUUUUUUCCUUUUUCACCUGGGAGAGGGCAGAUCAGUGAGGGAGAAAAUAAAUGUAAUAAAAAAAAAAUAAACAAGCAAAAAUGCUCCAAAUCAGUAAUUAGAUAAAUGCAAAUUAAAUCAACUCAGGUUCUACCUCACCUGCAUGCAGUUGACAAAGAUGACAAGGGAAAAAGAAUUAGAAGUCUUGGAAAGGCUGUGGGAAAAUAAACACAUUAAUUCAUUUAGCUGUUAAUAAAGCUGUGAAGUCUCCCCCUCCCUCCCAUCAUGAAAUUGGGUAUGCUCUUUGACUCAUUGAUACCAUUAGGGCAUAUUCCCUUAAAGAAAAAAAAAAAAAGGACUCAAGCUCCUUAUGUUAUGGCAAAGGCCCGGAAAGUAUGAUGUGACUUGCUAUAAUAGGGCAACUGCUGAACACAUUUUGGUAGGUGAAUGUUAUGGAGCAGUAAUUUGUAAAACAGGCAAUUUCUGUGAAAUCUGUGGAAGAUGAGUAUGGAUUAAGGCAUACCAUAGGAAACGAUUGACAAAAGUGACAUUGGCAAGAUGUCACUCUUGUCAUAGGCUAUACCGGGACUUAGCAGGAUGUGUGCAAGCUGCCCCCUCACCAAGAGGGGAAGGAUACAAGAUGUAGAAUAAAAGUUCAUUUUGGGAAACGGACAGUGUGGCAAUUUCUGUUCCUUCUCUGUGUGAUUUCAUUGGAAAUAUUUUGAUUAUUAAUUUUUUUUCGGUUUUGGGUAGGAGAGGAUAGCAGCAUGAGAGGAACUAGAAAUAGGCUUGCCUUUCCUUCACCUUCCCCACACCAAAAUAAUAAAGAAGAAAAUCGAUAGAUUGCAAUAUAUACUGUAGAACAGAAGGAAGGCCAGAAGGAGUGAGAACAGAUUUGAAAGUACCAUGUUACAUUAUGUAUUACUCAAAAAUUAAGUCAAGCUAUGCAUGUUAGAACUUAUUUUAUGUACAACACCCCCCCCCCCAAUUUUAUGGUGUAUAUAAGAUACUCAUUUUAUUUCACAUUCAUGAAUUUCAAAAUUAAAAAAAAAACCAAAAUAUUGAUGGUUUCCCUUUUCCACCAAUUUUGAAGGCAUGACAUGAAAUGGCAAAAUUAUUUUCAUAUGACUUUCUCUUUUUAUCAGUGCUUUGGCACAUGUGUUAUUUAUGGUUAUCAGGACUUUGGAAAACUUCCAGCCCUAUCACCAAUGACUCCUGGUACACUUGAGUGUCAGUUUUCUCCAUAUCUUGAAUAUAAAUGACUUUUUUGGUUCAUUUUUCAUGUAACAUUUUAUAUAUUCUCCACUUUAUUUUCUAAUUUGACCAUCUAUUUUAUUCAGACAUUUACAUUUUAUGUAGUUAGAAUGAUCCAUUUAAAAAAAAAUCUUUGAUCAGUAAUUCUUCUAACCAGUUGUUAGAAGUAUUUUAAGUAGGUUUUUUUUUUCCAAUCAGGAAAAAUUCCAUCUGCCUUUCCCACCCACAACUUUCAUUACAAAUAUGUACAGUCAAGAACAACAUUUCUGCAUUGUCCUCUCCCCCCAAAAAUCUUUAAAAUUCCUAUGUGGUGUUGAGAAAUAUGUAUAUUCUUGAGCAGUUUCCAUUUAGAAGAUGCCGUAAGUUUUCACUCUAGUCUUGCUGGAGUAUUGUCUACUAGUCUAGUUUUCUUUUUGCCUAUCUUUCUGUGACACCGCUAAAAUUGUGAUAGGACAUUGAAAUAUUGUCAUUUUGCUACUAAGCCUUCUUAUAGUACAAUUAACAUUUCUUUUAUAAAAUGAAAUGUUAAAAUGUUUUAGUAGUGCUAUUAUUCAUUGUUUAUCUGUGAUACCUUUCAGUGAUGUAAUUUCCUUGCUUUAUCUCUUUCCAUGUUUUUAAUGAUUGUUUCUGUUUAGUCUGAUAGUACGAUUGUACUGCUCUUUUGGAUUCACUUAACUAGUAGUACACUUUCCCCUACCCGUCUCCCUUGACCAUCAUUUUUAUUCUGCAUGUCUUUAAAAAAAAAGUUUCAUGAAAGCAGCAGACUAUAGAGUUUUGUAAUUUAAUCUAUCACUUUUUUUCAUUUUACUUAAUAUAAAGUAAUGAGUUAGGUUUAUAUCUCCCUCCCACCCUCCACUUGUUAAACCUUUCCCUAGAUUCAGAUUUUUGCUCAUUCGUCCCUUUUUAUUGCUUACUUUUAUCUAGGUAUUUCAUUCUUCCUGUUUUGUUCUUACUUAAUUGUCAAGUAGAAUUCCCCCUUCACAUAAUUUAAUUUUUAAAAAUUAUUUUCAUUUUCUGUGUAUUUUCCUUGAAAGAAUUUCCCCCUAUUUCUUUUGUUUAUCUUUUUGAACUAUUCUACCCUUUCAUUUUUGGAUUCAUGAUACUUACACUGAGUUGGUCCUUCUUUAUUCUCUUUUAUUCCUCAUGGAUGGCACCAAUAAUUUUUUAGUUCCCCCUUCUAAAGAGAUUCUGCUGCUGCCUUGGAAAUGUUUUCCUUGCCCUGCCCCUCCCCACUUUUCCCGUUGUCUCCCUCUUAGAAAUAUGAAUUCUUGAUGAGAACAUCCCACUUGUUGGGAUCUUCCUGUGCCUUGAUCGUCCAGUUCAUUAUUGGCUAUCUCCUUCCUCGUGGUCAUCUUUCCCAUUUGCCUUCAUAUCUCUUCCCUGGGUCCUUGCCUCUCCCAGAAGCUCUGAUUUCCCCUUUCCUUAGGCAAGAAGAGUGAUCUCUCUAAGCAGCAAAUCCCUUAGGAGAAUAGCUAUUUUAAGUUCCCAGUCUCCCUUUAGAAGAUAUCACUUAGGGGCAGCUAGGUGGCGCAGUGGAUGAAGCACUGGCCUUGGAUUCAGGAAUACCUGAGUUCAAAUGCAGCCUCAGCACUUGACAGUUACUAGCUGUGUGACCCUGGGCAAGUCACUUAGCCCUCAUUGCCCCUCCAAAACAAAACAAAACAAAACAAAAAAAAAGAUGUCACUUAUCCUAGAGGUGCAUUUAUCAUUGGUAUCCCCUCCAAACACUGAAACGAUUCCCCAUCCCCCCUCUCUUCUCCCAUUUUCAUUCCGUCCCUUUUUCUCUUCACCCAUUCUCCUCUAGGCGCUAUUAUUCUUGGGAGAUGAUAGGAGUAAAUUUCCUUUUGUCAUUAGCCUUUGACUUGAUUAAGGUACAUCACACAUUCCCAUCUAUGAAUUUCUUUCCCUCUUUUUUUUUUUUUUUUUUUGGCGGCACAGUGAAGGUUAAGUGACUUGCCCAGGGUCACACAGCUAGUAAGUGUCAAGGGUCUGA